AUGUCCACUAGACUAUCAAAUAUGAUUGUUAGCGGAUCGUAUCGUUUGGAACAUAACGAAAAAUUUAUAAUCCAAUUACAACAUGAAUUUCAUAUGAGUUGGCCACUCUACAUUGAAUACACUAUGGGUAUCUAUAGUUCAAUCAGAUAUCUACCAUUGGAUCCGAUUAUCAAUAUUACCGAAACAUUUGAUUGGCCAGUUUGGCUAUUACUGGUCCUGAUGGCAACCCUAUUUGCCUGUAAUAAUAAUAAUAAUGCAGAUGAGCAUGCUAAAUUUUCAAAACUUAGACAAAUGUUGCACGAAACAAAUUCAAUUGAUAAUCUAAAAUCAAUGAUGUCGACAUUUGUAACCAAUGAUUUCGAUGGCUAUCUAUUGGAUAAGGUAUUCAUUGAGGAACUGUAUCUGUUUGAUUCGUUAUACAAUAUUGGUAAACGUAUGUUUACCAUGCACCUGGGUCAACAAUUGUUUCCCAUGUAUGUCAUACCAUGCUAUUAUGAUAAACGUUUUGCAUAUAAAAAUCAAUUACGUCAAUUCAUUGACUACAAUGACAUCAAUACAACAACAACAACAAAAACAAUAUCGAUGACAAUACGGGGACAGUCGGUUCAAGUGCUAAACACAACUGUCCAUCAAUUUUUAGGCAUACCAUACGCCAGACCACCGAUCGGUGAGUUAAGGUUUGCCAAACCGGUGCCAAUCAGUAGCGAUGAUAACUCUCAUAAUACUAAUACUGUAUUAGACUGUAUUGAACCGAAACCCGUAUGCAUACAACCACCUGAGCACCUGGAUCCCGGAUCAUCGAUGAGCGAAGAUUGUCUCUAUUUAAACAUCUAUACACCCCUGGUUAGGACAGGUAUGGGCGUACUAAAUACGGGCGGACUGUUACCGGUAAUGGUUUGGCUGCACGGCGGUUGGCUAAGCAUGGGAUCGGCCAUUGCAUAUGACGGCAGCUCACUGGCCACCGAACAGGUAGUAGUGGUCACUGUUGGCUAUCGGUUGGGUGUAUUGGGAUUUUUCUAUGCCGGUGAUGAUGACCACCAAUCAGCAUCAUCGGCAGCACCGGGUAAUCAAGGUUUCUACGAUCAACUACUAGCCAUCCAAUGGAUCCGUCAGAACAUACAUGUGUUUGGCGGCGACAGUCAAUUGAUGACCAUAUUUGGCGAAUCGGCCGGCAGUUGGUCAGUAUCGGCACAUAUUGUAUCGCCACUAUCUGGUGGUGGACUGUUUCGGCGGGCAAUUAUGCAAAGCGGUGCACUCAUGUGGAACCGCGGGCUACCAGUGCUCACCAAAUCCGAGGCAUUAGCCAAAACCAUGACUAUUGGCCGGUCGUUGAACUGUACACCCGAUACUACUAAUAGUGCCGACAAUUACCGGCUGCUAAACUGUUUGCGCAAUGUUUCCGUCGACCAAUUGUUACCGUUUUGGCCACAUUUUAGUCGUCCGCUUACGGGAACCGAAUUUUUGCCUACCAGUGCUCAGCAGGCAUUCGAUGCCAACAGUGUCGACACUGUUGUCGAUCUGUUAGCCGGUGUUACAGCCAAUGAGGGAACGUUUUUCCGACACGAUUUCUGGCCACUGGACAACUAUACGGUAACAGUGGAUGACUUUAUCCGAGCAGUCAAUCGUACGGACGAACAGUUUCCCGGUAUAGACAUCCGGUUAGUGGUCGACCACUAUCUACGGGGACAUCGGAACGACAGUUCAGGACAACAGUUAAGACAAGCGUUUUAUCAGUUUUACGGUGACAUCGGCUUUAUAUGUCCGACCUAUUUGUUUGCUAAAGAAAUGGCCACUAAAAACAAACCCGUAUUAUCCCGAACUACCGGUUCUACCAUUGGUAGUGGUGGUGGUGGUAGUCGUAAUAAUAAUGUCUAUUUCUAUGAGCUAACCUACCAGUGCUCGCAAUGGUCUCGCAGUAUCCAUUGCCCCGAUGAUGGCCAACAGGUUUGCCAUAUGUCUGAUAUACCUUUUGUGUUUGGCCUACCAUUCCUGACACCGGCUAAGCCUAUGUGUAGGACACCUACCGAUGCCUUAUUCAGCAGAUAUCUGAUGAAAUUGUGGACCAAUUUUGCUAAAUAUGGGUAA